AUGUCCAAAACCAUGAAAGAAAUACCCAAAACAUCGCUGGUGGCACAAAGCCUUCACAUCAGCCUUGUAGCUGCGGCUGUCGCUGCUCUUAUGCUCGAGACUACUGGCACCAGGUUUCGCGACAUCGCGGCAGUUUCAAUUCAACGAGCCUCGGGUUCAAGUCCUUACACAAUCUUUCCUGCUUCAUUGAGAGUUAAUAGAGCCAGCGUAUUUAGUGUGCUGCACGCUUCGAUCAUUAUCAUAGGGGCAACUAUUCUAAUCGCUUUGACGUUUACGUCCACGAUACUGCUAACGGGCCUGAAGAACGCCAAUAUCGCUGGACCUAUGCAGGCAAAGCUUCUUCCAAUUGAACUCGGACCGAAUACUACCUUAUCUGCGAAUGGUGUUCUUCACUACAGGUCCAGUCCUUUUGCGAACUGGCGAUUUGGCGAGAUGAAGUCUGGCGAUGUUACCUCGACUGCCGAGAUUGCCGACACCGGAAGUACAUACCGCACUCUUCUGCCCUACAUGAAGGAGGAGCCUAGAACAUCGUUGGAGCACUACACUGGACCAGGGCUGGUGGACAAAUAUGGACGGUCAUUGGACAAUAGCUUCGUUAAAGAAUGGUACCGAAGUGUUCAGUGUGACAUUCCCACAGUCGAGUGGCAGAGGAACGGCCCUUCGAAGAGUAUUUUCAACAAAGACUACAGGAGGCGACAUAUUAUGCAGCUCGAGAUCAAAGUGAAUGACUCGAAAUACUCAGGAUCAAUGACGGAGUACAAGAACUUUGCUCUUAUACAAGCGCUGUUGGGGUGCUCACCCCAAGGAGGCUGGGCAAUGACAAACUACAAGGAUCUCUAUGAGGAAGAUUGGAUCGCUUGGUGGGCCGCUCAUGCUGUGCAUGUCUCUCUCAUCCAAAACAUCCUGCGAGCGACGGGCGAUCCUGCAUUAGCCAUACAGGCCCUUGCCUUUAGGUUUCACUCCAUGAUCUUCUACGACAGCAUGGCAGACUUCGACCUGCAGAAGCCAGUCACCACCAUAAACUCAGCCGAGAUGCUCCUCCCAGUGCGGUGGACGGGGCUAGACGUAGUUCUGGGCCUGGCCUUGGUCCACUUACUGCUACUAUGCAGCACGAUGGUGCUGUUUCAAUUCAAGACGAGGGCUUCUAGUCUGGGCAACGCUUGGCAAGCCACCGCCCAAGUUGUGUCGACUGAAACGCGUGCGGCCGUGGGGGAGGCGAGUACGGUGAGGGAUAAAGAGGUUGAGGCUUGGGCUAGGUCUAACAGAACCGAGAUCGUGGAUCAAAAGAUGUGA